AUGGCUGCAAUUGCGCAAGUAGCGGCGGGAAGCGCGGUCACCACGCUGCGUUUCACGAGCUCAUCCAGCAGCUUGUUCGAUAAGAGCAGAUUGCCACUGCUUACAGCGGGACAUCGUUCGAGGAGCAGGGCGAGCAAUCGUCGUCACGUGCCGUUGUCACAGCGCAUCACCAGCAAGAUGGUUAUCCCAGGGUUCGGCGAGUCGCCUGAAGCGAGGUCCGCGGGGGCGCUGCACAACUUCUUCACCUACAUCGCCGUGCGCAUCGUGCUCUCGCAGCUGCAGGCGUACAACCGCGAGGGGUACGCGGAGCUCAAGGAGUUCACGGACCGCGUGCCUCUUAAAGACGGCGACCAGUUCUGCGCCACGCUCAUGCGCGAGAGCCCGCAGCACAAGAAGUUCGGUAAGGAUGGGGAUAGGACCAGGAUGCUAUGUUGUUUAGAAGCAAGCAAUCACGCGUUUGCACCUCGGUACGGAAGAGAGGAAGUGGCACACGGAGGUCCGUGA